CACAGCCGGUCAUUUGCGCGACAGCGAAGCAUUGCAACGUUUCUUGUCUGAAGCGAGACAACCGACUUGUCUCCUCCGUCUCUAUCUAUACAAAAGAAUUCAGUGUGUGCUACAAUUAAUUGAGGUGUGCAACUACAUUUGAAGAUGAAAUUCACCCCUUCUAUCUCGGCUAUUGUGUUCAUCUGGCUGACAUCGACAGCCUUUGUUCAGUCACAAGAGGAGGAACCAUUUAGUAAAGAUGCCACUGAGAAGUCUGGUGGGACUAAGCCUAUGACGACCCGGACGGACGGUGAGACUACAGACGGUGCGACGACUGAGGGCACGACGACAGAAGGUACGACAACGAAGGGUACGACGACGGAGGGUGCGACUAGGAAGAGUGCGACGACGGAGAGCGCGACGACGGAGGGCACGACGACGAAAGGUGCAACUGCAAAGAGUGCGAAGACGGAAAGCGCGACGACUGAGGGCACGACGACGGAGGGUACGACGACGGAGGGUACGACGACGGAGGGUGCGACAAGGAAGAGUGCGAUGACGGAAGGCACGACAAAAAAAGGUGCGACUGCAAAGAGUGCGAACACGGAGAGCGCGACGACUGAGGGCACGACGACGGAGGGUACGACGACGGAGGGUGCGACUAGGAAGAGUGCGAUGACGGAAGGCACGACGAAGAAAGGUGCGACUGCAAAGAGUGCGAGGACGGAGAGCGCGACGACGGAAGGCACGACGACGGAGGGCACGACGACGGAGGGCACGACGACGGAGGGCACGACGACGGAGGGUGCAACUACGAAGAGUGCGACGACGGAGAGUGCGACGACGGAGAGUGCGACGACGGAGAGUGCGACGACGGAGAGUGCGACGACGGAGAGUGCGACGACGGAGAGUGCAACGACGGAGAUUUGGAUGACAGAGGGUACGACUACGAAGAGUGCGACGAUGGAAAGUACAAACAUACCAACGUCUGAUGCAAUAAAUCUAGCGGACACAGUGAAGAUUACAACAGAAAAGCCAACAGAACCUUGCAAAUGUGUCGCAGAAAAUGGAGAAAAGGGAGAGCCUGGAAGAGAUGGUCAAUCUGGUUCGCCUGGACUUUCUGGUUUUCCAGGUCCACCAGGUUCACCAGGUAUACAAGGUCAACCAGGUUUAGCAGGUCCAAUGGGUGAACGAGGCGCGAAAGGGGAGAAAGGGCAGCCAAGCAUGAGACCACCAAGGCCCCCACCUCCAAUGCACGUAAACUGGAAGCAAUGUACUCAGACUGGAGGUUCAAACAAACAAAAUGGAACAUUACUCAGCUGUCCAUUCAAUAAAUAUCGUAAUGGAUCAGCACUACACGUGGAGUUCGGAGGAACUCUACGAACGAUGCUCAAUAAUACGGUUACAAAAUCAACUGUUGUUUGUGCUCGAUGGUACUUUACAUUUGAUGGAGAAGAAUGCCAACCACCAAUUGAUGGCGUAGUGUAUGAGGGUCAGAAAGGCAAUUCUCAUUAUCCACACCAAAUCGGUGGUAUUUGUCAUAUGACAACGCCACCUGGCAGGGUUGACAUCAAAUUUUGCAUUGGGCACUGUUCUGAUGACAGCCGACAAGAGCUAGGCAUCACUUAUCUUGGCUUGGAUUCUGUUUCACGAGUAAUAAUCACAGAAAUGCCACCACUUCAAGAUUAAAGUUGGCUUGUGAACUCCUGUGACUGAUGAAUUUUGUGUUAGCUAGCUACACAGGGCAAAGUGUAAUUGCUACGUAUCUAGCUGUAUGUCAUUAUUGCUGUUGGUGUUCGUUACAAUAAGCAGUGAAUUCGACUAUGCUGCUAUUGCUGUUGCAGAGAAGAAUAAAUGCACCGAAAACUCUACUA